AUGUUCUUCGGCUGUACGCCCGUUAGCGUGUCAGCUCCCGGCCGCGGGUACACAGUGCAUCCCGUUGCCCCCAAUGUGAAAAACCCGCUCCUAUGGCGCCAAGAAAAGAUCCCGGCGCGAAAGGACCGAAGGCCGGUCGGGUCGAUCCGAAGGCAGCCCGAGCUCGCGACGGCGCCGUAUGGGACUAGAGACCCGGACGGAACCGCCGAGCCACAAACGGCGGUCGUCUUUGGGAAGCCACCUCCCGCCCGACCCCCGGCCCAGGCAUGGCGAGUGCUGUCGUACUGCGACAGCCACGGUCUGCCAUCCUUAGUGGCGUUGUGUAACAUGGUCGGAGUGAACGAACUGUUGCACUUCUGCAGCGAUCACGAGCGCGGUUGGUGGUACGACCUGUUCGGUAACCAGAUGGCUGACGAUACGGCUGGCUGUUACUGCCACGUGGUGGGUUUCAGGGUGCCCCCGACCCGUUACUGGCCGCACGCAUCCGGAAGGCGGCGGCCCAUACGGCAAACGGGGCUACAUUUCGAUUACUCACCACACCCCGCCGAAUACUCCGGGUUAGCGUUCAAUGUCGACAAGUCAAAUCCGUGGGCUUACGUCUCAGAUGUGGACCAUACUCACCCCGGAAUGGUGUGCAGGGAUGGAAGUACGCCCCGUUUCACCUUGAACAGCAGCACGCCGGCCACUUUCAGACGACCCCUACCCGCUGAGCCGGACUAG